CCAAUACCUUAAUUUAUCACAUCCCUAAUUUCUCAAUCUUACCAUCACACAUCCCCCCUUGCACACCUUCUGUUCGACAAAAUUCCGCUCAGAAAAUAAGCCCACCAAUUUGCCAUGGUAGUCCCUCUUAAACCUGGCAAAUUCUACGGUAGCAGCCUUCCUCGCCCUAGGUUUUACACCAAUGUCAUGUACAGCGAUGAGCGGGUCGAUCCACCGACCCCGGUUUUCGAUCCGUUGAUGUCUUGGGCUGGGGAGGCUCAUUGGUCUAUGGGUGGUCUUAGCUUCAAUCGCCUUCGUCUUCAAGGGAAGAUUGAAGGUAAUGUAAACAAGUUAAAGAAGGAAAGAGAAAUUUCCUUGAAGAAGAAGUUAAAGAACUCACCACCCGUCAAUAAACUGAACAAAAAGUCUGGGUAUCGGGCUGAUUCACCCCCGCCUGCUCCGAUCUCAAAGAAGAGACGAAAGAGGACUAAAAUGGCGGAUAUAGAUGAAGAUGAGGAAGAAGAUCUGGACGAGGAGAUUGAAAUCGAGAAGAUUAAUGAAGAGGUAAAGAAAAAUAAUGGGUUAAAGAAGAGAAGAAGGCUAGUUAGGAAGCUUGGAGAUGACUUUGAGUUGGUGGCUGAAUCAAAUCAGAGGAGCCCAUUGAAGGAUCUGAGCAAUGGAGGUCCCUCCAAUGGUGUUGCGUUACGGACUCGUAGCCGCGCCUCAAUCGAGCGAAUGGAUGAAGAUGAAGGUGUUAAUAAUGGUGGAAAGAACUCAAACUCAAAGGGUAAGAAAAAUGGUGCUGAAAAUGGUAAAGCCGAGAAAAUCAAAGAGAAAAAUAUGUCAGUUUCUCCAAAUGGUUCAAGGAGUUCUCCUAGAUUGAAGCAGAAAUCAGUUUGAAUUGAAUAUUUGGUUAAUGGUUUGUUUGGAUGAUUGGAAGCUCCAAAUAAAAUGUUUUAGAUUGUUGUUUAUAUUAGUAUUAGGCAAAAGUGUUUUGAUGUUCUUGCUAUGAGUAUGAUCUGAAAUGAAAAGUGGGAUUUUAUGAUAUGCAUUGAGAAUUGAUGGUUAUUUAGUAAUUAGUUAAUACUUGUCCUGUUAUAAUCUUGAGUUAUACUUGUCCUGUUCUAAUCUUGCAAAUUGAUGAAUUUUAUAUUUUAUGAUAUGCAAAAACAUGUUUCAAUAGAUGAAACUCAAUUGGAACUUGACUUGUAAAA